GCGCGCGCGUGUGUGUCUGUGUGUGUGUAGACUCGCACACAUUUGAUCGAGCGCUGUGCGGCAGACUCAGAACAUGACGCGCGCUCUGUUUCUCCUUCAUUCGAUUCGUUUCGACGCUCGACGGCUCGUUUGAUCGUUUGAUCCGGUCCCGAUGGAGGGAGCCGCGGCCGGAGGAUGCUCCGCGCUGCCGGAGGACGAGGAUGCGGUGGUCGGUGCGGGAUGCGGGACGGAUGCAGAUCUCGACGCUGCUCUCAAGAAGACCUGCAUAACCGAGAUGCCAUCUUCCUCGUAUCACUCCAGCUCUGGCCUUGAGAAGAAGAUCGGUCACAGACGGGUCGAUGCGUCCGGUGAAACCACCUACAAGAAGACGACCUCGUCUGCCUUGAAAGGAGCCAUUCAGCUGGGGAUCGGCUACACCGUGGGUAACCUGAGCUCCAAACCCGAGCGCGACGUCCUCAUGCAAGACUUCUACGUGGUGGAGAGCAUCUUCUUCCCCAGUGAAGGCAGUAAUCUGACUCCGGCACAUCACUAUCCAGACUUCAGGUUUAAAACGUAUGCUCCGGUGGCGUUCCGCUACUUCAGAGAGCUCUUCGGGAUUCGACCGGACGACUAUCUGUAUUCUCUCUGUAAUGAGCCCUUGAUCGAGCUCUCCAACCCCGGUGCCAGCGGCUCAAUCUUCUACGUCACUCGAGACGAUGAGUUCAUCCUGAAGACCGUGAUGCACAAAGAGGCUGAGUUCCUGCAGAAGCUGCUUCCAGGAUACUACAUGAACCUGAACCAGAAUCCCCGAACACUGCUGCCCAAGUUCUUCGGUUUGUACUGCGUUCAGUCCGGAGGGAAGAACAUCCGUAUCGUGGUGAUGAAUAACAUCCUGCCGCGCAUCGUUCGCAUGCAUCUCAAGUUCGACCUGAAGGGCUCCACGUACAAGCGCCGCGCGUCCAAGAAAGAGCGCGAGAAGUCCAAGCCCACCUUUAAAGACCUGGACUUCAUGCAGGACGUUCAGGACGGACUCCUGCUGGACGUGGACACGUAUAACGCGCUGGUGAAGACGCUCCAGAGAGACUGUCUGGUGUUGGAGAGUUUUAAGAUCAUGGACUACAGUCUGCUGUUGGGGGUUCAUAAUCUGGAUCAGGCGGAGCGCGAGCAGCAGAUGGAGGGAUCUCAGAGCAGCAGCGAUGAGAAGAGACCGGCCGCACAGAGAGCGCUUUACUCCACCGCCAUGGAGUCCAUUCAGGGAGGAGCGGCGUGUGGAGACUCCAUCGACACCGAAGACACGAUGGGAGGCAUUCCUGCUGUCAACGGGAAAGGAGAGAGACUCCUGCUCUUCAUCGGCAUCAUAGACAUCCUGCAGUCCUACAGACUCAUAAAGAAGCUGGAACACACAUGGAAGGCUCUGGUGCAUGACGGGGACACUGUUUCCGUCCACCGGCCGAACUUCUACGCUGACCGCUUCUUCCAGUUCAUGAGCAACACUGUGUUCAGGAAAAGCAGCUCGCUGAAGGCUUCUCCUGCUAAGAAGGGCCGUGUGGCGCUGACGGUGCCUAAAUUCAGCGGUCCCGGAGCGGCGUGGUCGUCCAGUCAUCUUACCUCAGAGAGGGACGAGAACAUCUAUGAUCUGAGAGGAGCACGCAGUUUCCCCGUGCUGGAAAACGAUGGUCUGCAGUCUUGCACUCCUCCGUCUUUCGAGGAAGCGACCACGACUUCUGUGGCCACAACCCUGUCCUCAAACACCUCCAUAUCUAUCCCAGAGCGCUCUCCGUCAGACACCACAGAGCACCCGCGCUACAGAAGACACACAUUGUCUCUAAAAGACGCUGAGGGAAGGAUGCAUGAAGUGGUGGAUGUGCAUGAAGAAGAGCAGCAGACCAUCACUGUGCAGGUGGAGGUCAAGAGAGAGAGAGAAGAAGAAGAGGAGGAGGAGGAGCCAGACGUCACUCUGACGCACGCGGUGAUGGAUGUUCCUCCUCCAGACACUGCUGACCUUGUCCCGGAAACAGCCGCUUCAGCAUCCGUUACCCAGGAAACCGUCUCCCAGGCAACACUUCCUGGUGACACCCAGACAACAGUUCCCGUGGAAACCGCUCCUCUGACAGGAACCGGGACCCUUGAAACAGCGCGGGUCCCUGAAGCAGCAGAACCGUGCGGCGCUAGCCCGAAAAUACAGCAUCCCAACGUGGACAGACUCUCAGAGGCUCAGAGCCGGGAAUCUCUGGAGGAAGAGGUCGCAUCCACCACGGACAUCUAUUUUUACGCUGAAGGCAGAUAUUGGGUUUAUUCCCCGGUGCUCCAGCGAAGAAAGCUCAGCUCCUGCAGUGUCACUCCAGAGGACAGGAGUUGGGUUUAUUCGCCCCUGCAUUACGACUCAGAGCCUCACAGUGAAAGCGACACAUAAUCUGGAUGUUCAGUAGACAUCUCUCUCUCUCUCUCUGCUGUGGGACUGGAGCGGUAUUGCUGGGACCUUUUCUUCAGGAUGGAGUGAAGAUGAACUGAAAAAAAAAAAUCCUUUUCUACCUGGGUGCCACUUCCCAAUCAAUUCCCCUCAAAAACAACGUUAGCUCUCAGAAAAUCCAGUGUGUGUCUGUGUGUGUGUGAAUCCAAAUGUCAGUGCGAAUCCCUCAAAUAAAUCCCAUCCUUUUGCAUUGCAAGUUAUCGGCGACCCAUGAUGCACUAGACUAGAUUUAAUGUCUUCGAUCAUUCCAUGAACUCAAUCCUGAAUCCAUGCGUCCUGCGUGAUGCAUGCUUUUUAUUUUGUGCACAUCUGAGAUGUUCAGAGUGGAAUACAGUUCAAAUCUGUGAUCAGAGGAACAGGUUUGAGACUGAAAGCAUCACUGCAGAUGAUUGGAAACACAUGGAUGCUGUGAAACACUGGACCGCAAAACAUAUCAGCAUCACCUAUGAACCGAGCAUUAGUCCUGGCUUUUUCUGUCAGUCAUGUACAGUAGUCAUUUCUUUCUCUGUAUUUUUUUAAUGAGUCAAAUUAAUUUUGUUAUGGUCCAUUGUUGGUCUAUUAAACUGUUUUAGAUCGUCUUCAUUAAACAUGCUGAAUUCCUUCUAUUCAGGUCAACACAUUGCAGAAAAUCAUUCAAUCAAUAUUUUUGUAUUAAAAAAAAAAAAAUCCUAAGCAUUAUUAAAAUUAGAUGCAUUUACUUAAAAACGUAAUAUUAAGAAUUUUUGAGAACAUAUAUCUUUAUUAUACUUUAUUGGCAAAUUGUUUUUCUUCUUCUUCUUCUUCCUAUUUAAAAUAAUUGUAUUAAAUAUAUUAUUUUACAAUCCAUAUUUCAUUCAUAGAAAAAUUUCCAAUGUAUUUUUUCUUCUAAAAACAUGUUUUAUUCAUAGUCAUUUUUCAUCUACGUAAUUGUAUGGAUAUCUAUUACGAUAGUAUUUAUACUUAAGUAUAAUUUUUUACUUUAUUCGCAAAUAGCCUUUUAUUUCUUUUAUUUUUUUUUUAUUAUUAUUGCUAAAAUCUUUUAAUAAAAAACAUGAUUCAUAUAAUUUUAUAAUGUAUAUAUAUAAUUUAUUCUUACAUGUUUUACUUUAUCGUUUUUUUAUAUCUUAUUUUAAGCAAUUAUUAUUUUAAAUAUUAUUAUUAAAUAUUAUGUUUAUUUUAAAAAUAAAAUGCAUGCAUUUUUUAUAAAUGAAUAUAGUUUGAUAAUUAUAAUUGAUCAUUUAUUAUAAGUUUUUGUAAGCUAAGCCUGGAAUACACUACACUGUUUUUGAAGGAUUUCAAACAUGCUUUAUGUUUUUAGAACACAUUGUUUCAAUGUGUCACUCGUCUCCUAGCAACAAGGCACAUGUUUCUGUGUGAGUUUGUUGUGUUCAGAUCAACUUCAAAGUCUUGUUGUGUGUUAGUGAUCCUCAGUCACUAUUUACAAAAUCAUUAAGUGUAAAAAAAAAAAAAAAAUCUGUUCAGAUUUGAAAAGUAUUGUAGUGUAUUCCAGCCUUUAUUCUAUAAGUUUUUAAUAUUAUCAGUAUCAUUGCCAAUGAAGUAUAAAAAAUACUAAUGAAGUAUAAUAAAUACUAAUAUUCCGCAUCUCAAAUAAAUGCAUCUGAUUUGAAUCAUGUUUAGGCAAUAUAACUGAAAACCAUAUAUGCACAGAGCGCUGUCUAGAGUCAUUAUUUCUAUAAUGAUAUAAUCUGACAGAUUUUGUGAGCGAUAGAGAGUGACUGUUUUGUGAUUAAAACACUGAACUGUGACAGAGACAGAGAGCUUUUACAACCUUGUCAUUCAGCUUUUUUAACCUUUUUAUUCCAUUUCAAGGAAUGUUGUUUUCUUUUAAAAUAAUGUUAUAUUUAUUAUCAUCUUAUAUCUAUUUUAUUUUAUAUUUAAUUUUGUUAAGGCUAAUUUCAGAUGUGCUGAAUAUCAUGAUAUAUUCGACAUUUCAAUAUGCAUAUGUAUAUAUUCAAUCUCUUGAGGGAAUGUUUUGGUUCAUUACAGCAUCUAAAAAUUAAAUUAAAUUAAAAAUUAAAAUUAAAUUCAUGCAUUUAGCAGACACUUUUAUCCAAAGCGACUAACAGUGCAUUCAGGCUAUACAUUUUUUAUAUAUAAGAUUAAAAAAAAUUCUGAUUCAUCCUUAAUUUUGGAAAAUCAACACACACAAAAAAUCACAUUUACAAUAAUGGAAAAUGGAUUUAAAAAUUGGACAUCAUUUUAUGAUUUUAUUUAUAUGUAUAAAAUACUAGAGGCGAUACUUAAAGAAUUGUUACUGUCCAUUUUAAGUGCAUUAAUGUAAAGUUUUUAUUGAUCUGCAUCCUCUCUUUAUUCUUACAGUUUGGGUUUUACAGAAUGAAAUGGACUAUUUUAUUUCAAUAUUAAAAUUUCAGCAAUGAAAUCCUCAAUAUUAUCCAAAUCAAUCCUAUUUUUUAUGUUUCAUGGUGCGAGUCUUUGUAGUAUAAUGUACAGUAUGUUUUAAAGCGUAAUAAUAAUAUGUGUGAAGUAACAAGAGUUUUAUUUUGUGGCCUGCAUGUUGUUCAGGACGCUUGGUUUAGCUCUUCAGACAUCUAGUGUUUAUGAGUAUGUGAUAACUAAAGUGUGUGUAAGCGAGUGUUUGACUGUACUGUAUAUAUCUUUGGUUAUUGGUUUGAGGAAAGUCUGUGCUGUACUUGAGGCUUUGUCAUUUCUGCAGCUCUUUUCUGCAUGUGAACCCAAGUAAUGUGCGUCUCGAACACUGAACAUCCAUGGCCUGUGUGUUUGUACAGAUCAUUAGCUGGUUAUGAUGAUGUAAACAUAAAAACAAACCAUACCAAUAAAGCCUAUAUGGAAACUA